AUGAAUAAAAAAAAAACGAUAUAUGAUAUUUUACCCCCACCUUUAGAAAAAAUAACUAAGGAUGUUCAAAAGAAAGAUAUAAUUCAUAAUAAUAAUAAUAGAAACAAUAUUGAAGAAGAUAAUAAUAAAAUUAAAAUAAAAAAUGAAGAAAUAAAAAGAGAUGUUUAUAAUAAUACAUUUAAUAAAAAUAAUCUAAUACCUAAUAAUAAUAAUAAUAAUAAUAAUAAUAAUAAUAAUAAUAAUAAUAAUAGUAAUAAUAAUAAUAAUAGUAAUAAUAUUGCAGAAAAAUAUAAAAAUAUUAUUUUAGAUAUAAAUGAAAUAAAUUUAAUAUUAAAAA